GCAUAUAUGUAAAAUAAUCUCAAAUUAAUUUAAAGGAAAAGAAGAAGAAGAAAUAAUGUUUUAUGUCAACGCAGUACUUCUGUCUUUUUCAUUUAAUGCCAUCGUUGCAUUGGCUAUGUAAAAUCGUAAAACAAGUAUGCACAUUCGUGAUUCUAAUUGCUCAUAUUAUUUUAUAUACAAGAUUUACCUCGAUGUUCACAAACCACGUUCUGAAUGUCCUCAUUCAAUUUCCAUACAUAUUUUAUCUAUAUCGACCCCAAUACGGAGAAUCACAUUUUAAGAAGAUCGCUGUGAAGGAGGAAUCACAGCAGAAGAAAAAUCUCGGAAUCAGCAUAAGAAGAAUUUCUGAUGUCGUAGAAGUCAGUGCUCCUCUUGUCUGAAAGACACUUCAUGAGCAGUUCCUUUGUCUAUAUUCAACGAGUGCAACACGAAGAAGCCAAUAAGGUAGCCAUGAUACUAAUAUAAAAAAUUGUUUAUAUUUUAGAAACAAUAGCUUUUAUUUAUGUUUAU